CUCUCUCUCUCUCUCUCUCUCUCUGUCACACACACACACACACACACACACACACACACACAGCCGCUGUCACAACUCCCCAGAGCUCGUCAACAUGGCUGCGAACCGGGUGAUCGUGUACGGAGGAAGAGGAGCUCUGGGCUCCAAGUGCGUGCAGCAUUUCAAGUCCAAAGGAUGGUGGGUCGCGUGCGUCGACAUGGCUGCGAACGAGGAGGCAAACGAGAACGUGCUCGUGAAGUUGAGCGAGUCGUUCGGCGAGCAGGCGGCGCAGGUGACGACGGAUGUGGCCCAGUUGCUAGGGGAACAGAAAGUGGAUGCCAUCUUGUGCGUGGCGGGAGGCUGGGCGGGAGGAAGCUGUAGUUCCAAAGAUUUAUACAAGAACACGGAUCUGAUGUGGAAACAGAGCGUGUGGACUUCCACUAUCUCCAGCCACCUCGCCGCUCUGCACCUGAAACCAGGCGGACUGUUGACUUUGGCCGGGGCCAAAGCUGCCCUCUCGGGCACCGGUGGCAUGGUGGGCUACGGCAUGGCCAAAGCUGCCGUCCACCAGCUGUGUCAGAGUCUCGCCGCGAAGAACAGCGGGAUGCCGCCGGGAGCCGCCGCCGUGGCGAUACUACCGGUUACCUUGGAUACGCCGAUGAACAGGAAGUUCAUGCCCGACGCAGACUUCGGCUCCUGGACACCGCUGGAGUACAUCGCAGAAAUAUUCUUCGACUGGGCCGCCGGAGUGAACCGGCCGGCUUCAGGGAGCUUGAUGCAGCUUCUGACCUCCGGAGGGGAAACCCAGGCGGUGGCCUCGCAGUAGAGGAUAGAGAGGAGGUGUGGAGACGGUGAUGGUGGUUGGGAAGGCAGAGGGGGCGGGGGGGAUAUAUGGAAAAACCCAGAGAUAGAGGGAGGAGGAAGAGGAAGAUACGAGGAAGAGGGUUUACGGUUUAAGGGGACACUAGAUGGGUUCAUUUUGAAGGAGGGGAGGAGCUUUUCUUUUUUAUUGCAAAUGCAGCCUCAUAGCGCCAUCUAGCUGUGACAGUCUAAACUGUGUCUAAAAACCAACUCAAAAGUCUCAGAAAGCCGCCGUCUUCUCCUCUCAAACGGACAAUAAGGAUGAAGGUGAAGUGGCCUUAUUUUAUGUUUCGUAGAGUGUCCUCGUUGUCCUUAUGCUCUUGUUCCUGUUGUGGGUUUUCUAAGUCCUGUAUUGUAACUGUACAAUAAAAUGAGUCAAAACCAAAGGA